CUUCCCUGUUUUUUUGUCUUCCCAAUUCGAAUAAUGAAAUUGCACUAGAGUGGCUCAACCAUUAUAUAUAGUGCAUUACUCAAAAGAGCUGGCUAGUUUGUUUCUACCUCACUUCUCCUUCCAUUUUAUUCUUUCCAACAGUGUCUAUAGACAGUGUUUCUCCAUGGAUUCACAGACUAAACUCUCUUCUUCUACUACACCCCAACACAAAGGCAACCUUAUUGACAUAACCAAACAAUUCGUUUGGCCCGAGGAAGAUUUAGCACGCGCCGAAGACGACCUUAACGAGCCGUUAAUCGACCUAGAGAGCUACUUCAGCGGCGGCGAUCGGGCGAAAACCGCCACCGAGAUGGUUCGAGCGGCUUGCGUGAGCCACGGGUUGUUCCAAGUGGUCAACCAUGGCGUUGACAUUGAGCUCAUUCGUGCGGCCCGCGAUUGUGCAGUGGCCUUCUUUGAGCUGCCCGUUGCUGAAAAAGCUAAGGCCGAGAGGAAAGCGGGCAGCACUUCCGGCUAUUCGAGUGCCCUUGCCGAACGCUUCACUUCGAAGCUGCCGUGGAAGGAGACGUUGACGGUGGGGUUCCAUGAGAGAUGCUGCGGUCCGGUCGAGUUCUUCAGAUCUUCAUUGGGAACGAGUGAUGAGCAUAUAGGGUUGGUGUUCCAGAAAUAUUGUGAGGCAAUGAAGGAGUUGUCGAUGAUAAUAAUCGAGAUAUUGGGGACCAGUCUGGGUGUGAAUCCAUCAUACUACAAGGACUAUUUUGAGGAGGGAUUUUCCACAAUGAGAUGCAACUUCUAUCCACCUUGCCAAAAACCAGAGCUAACCCUAGGGACAGGUCCUCAUCGUGACACAAACUCCAUUACAAUACUUCAUCAACACCAUGUUGCAGGUCUUCAAGUGUUUGCGGACACCAAAUGGAAGCUUGUGAGGCCUAGAAAUGAUGCACUCGUAAUUGCCAUUGGUGACACCUUCCAGGCAUUCACAAACAAUAUAUUUAAGAGUUGUCUGCAUCGGGCAGUGGUGAACAAUCACCAAAACAGAUUAACCCUUGCAUUCUUUGUGUCCCCUAAAGAAGAUAAAGUUAUAGUAGCACCUGAAGAUCUUAUUACAAGUGAGAAGCCGAGAUUGUACCCGAACUUCAUGUGGUCAGAUAUGCUCCUUUUCAUCCAAAACCAUUACAGAGCUGAUGGGGAAACCCUCCAUAACUUCUGCAAAUGGUUCCAAUCUACAUAAAUACUAUAUAUGUACUUUGCUACAUAUGCUUAGUUUCACCUGUUGGCAAAUAAUCAACUAUUCUUGAAUUUCCUUUAUUUUACCUUGACUUUUUGUACUUUAGCUAUAUGGUUUGGUUUCAAUAAAAAAUGAUGUUCACGUGGAAAUUGCGAAUGACUACACUUAUUGUCAUGAACCGUGCAUAAUUACCUUUAAACAAUGUUCUUUAUUAAAUAACGGUUUUU